ACGUAUGGCAUAUAACAAACGAACAGUCAUCAGUCAAAGACAAUGUGGAUGCGGUGAAAUAACUGGUUGUCAACUUUAGGACUGCAUGACAUUCUGAUCCAGAUUUAAAAUUUAUUAAUGUUUCUAUAAUUCUUCCGCUUUAAAUUGUAGCCGUAACAACUACUAUUGUAUUUAACCUUAACCACCUAGUUGAUUUUUAGAAGAAUUUUAGCUCUGCAAAGAUGCCUCCGAAACCAAAACCAGGUGCUCCCAGCAAAAAAACUGAGCAAAAAAAGAAGGAAAAAGUUAUAGAAGAUAAAACUUUUGGUUUGAAAAAUAAAAAAGGAGCAAAACAGCAAAAAUUUAUCCAACAAGUGGAAAAACAAGUUAAGUCCGGUGGUAUUCAUCCGCUAGGAACAGCAGUAGAUCAAAAGAAAUUAGAGAAGGAGAAAAAGCUCAAAGAACAGAAAGAACUUGCUGCUCUAUUUAAACCAGUCCAGAUACAAAAAAUAGAUAAAGGUGCUGAUCCUAAGUCUGUGGUAUGUGCCUUCUUUAAACAAGGACAAUGUGGCAAAGGUGACAAAUGCAAAUUCUCUCAUGAUUUAGCAGUAGAAAGAAAGGCAGAAAAGCGUUCAUUGUAUUUUGAUAUGAGAAAUGAUGAAGAUGACAAUGACACUAUGGAAAAUUGGGAUGAAGCUAAAUUAAAGGAAGUGAUAGAAAAGAAACAUGGAGAGAAAGGAAAGAUGCCAACUACUGAUAUUAUUUGCAAACACUUUUUGGAAGCAGUAGAAAAGUCAAAGUAUGGUUGGUUCUGGACAUGUCCCACAGGAGAAGGGUGCAUUUACAGACAUGCGUUGCCACCUGGAUUUGUCCUUAAAAAGGAUAAAAAGAAACUAGAAGAUAAAGCAAAUGAAAUUACUCUAGAAGAUCUUAUAGAAAAGGAGAGGGCAGCUUUAGGUCCCAAUCAAACAAGAAUUACAUUGGAAACAUUUUUGGCUUGGAAGAAACGGAAGAUACAGGAAAAGAAAGAUCAACUCAAGAAAGAUGAAGAUAAGAAAAGAAAUGAAUUCAAGGCUGGCAGACAAGUUGGACUUUCUGGAAGGGAAAUGUUCAGUUUCAAUCCAGAUCUGGCUACUGAAUAUGACAUGGAAGAUGGAGAUGAGCUAUUUGAUUCUACGGCUUAUCCUACUGAAGAAGAAGAUGCCAUUGUUUAUAAGGAAAUAGAUUUGAGCAUAAUAGGAGAUGACGUACAAGAGGUUGAUGGAACAGGUACCGUGGCAACAGAAGACAGGUUUAAAGAUGUAAAACCAACAACAUCUGAUGAAAAACCAGCUGAAGGUGCAACAGCGGUGGCUAUUAACGAAAACCUUUUCCUCGAGUCAGAUUUGGAAGACUUAGAUGAAGAAUUACAAGAACUCGACCUAGAGGAAUAAAAAAUAAGGGUUAUUUUUUUAUUAACCCUUUCGGAUUACUUUUUAAUUUUAAAGCCCAAAAAAUGUAAAUAGAAUAUUAAAAAUUUUAAA